AAAAAAAAAGAACAAGUUUUCCCUCCUAUGACUUUGACACAAAGUAAGUGCGGUUCGGGAGGACUGUUACAGAAGUCGGGAUGAGAACGGGGUGAAGCCAACUUUGCGAAAGUCCGCCCACUUCCAGCGCGCUUGACCGGGCAAGGUUGCCCACCGGUUGCCCGCCGCGCGACCAUCGACGAGCGGCUUGCUUGCGUGGGAGUGUCGCGGUCACAAGUUUUCUUUUCAAACAAAACAUGGAUUUGUGGCACCUGCGGACGGACUGAAGCGAGCUGUGACACUUGUCGCCGGACGCCUCAUCUGCCACGAAAUAAAAAAAAGCCCUUUGAGCGACUUUUUUUGGGUGGUGGUGGGGGGUGGGGGGGGGCGAGUUGCGCGAGGGGGAUAUGCAAAAGUUGAACGCCCACGGGAGUGGCGCGCUGCCCCGGCUGCCCGACGGUGACGGGCCCGCCGAGGGGAAGGAGAACGGCGCUGGCAAGCAUUUCCUCAGCAGAGCCGAGGAGGAGGAGGACGACGACAGCAACAUGUGCAGCAAGAGGAAGAUGCUGGUGGCUUUGGAUGUCAUCUGCUUGUGUGUCGCCUCCAUCCCAUUCUUCGCGUGCGAGCUGAAGGCGGUGACGCCGUACAGACGAGGGUUCUUCUGCGGGGACAGCAGCAUAACGUAUCCCUACGUGGAGAGAGAGGCCAUCCCAGAUGUCCUGCUCAUCGCUGGUGGAAUCGCCAUCACUGGCCUCACGAUCGCACUGGGCGAAUGUUUCCGAGUCCGUUUCCGAGGCGUACGCUCGAGGGCGUUUGUCGGCAACCGCUAUGUGUCGUGCCUGUACAAAGAGCUGGGGAGCUUCUUCUUUGGUUGCUGCGUUGGUCAGUCGCUCACCAACAUGGCCAAGCUAAGCGUGGGACGCCUGCGACCUAAUUUCCUGUCUGUCUGUAAUAUCACUUACGCGUCCAUCAACUGCACGCCGGGCAGCUACGUGUCCCAAGUGAGCUGCCGGCAGCCCAACCACAAGAUGGUCGAGGAGGCAAGGAAGUCAUUUUUUUCCGGCCACGCAUCCUUCGCCAUGUACACCAUGCUCUAUCUAGCAUUUUACCUGCAAGCUCGGUUGUCAUGGCGAGGGGCUCGACUGCUGCGUCCCCUCGUGCAGUUCAUCUUGGUGAUGAUCGCCAUCUACACCGGCCUGAGUCGCAUCUCGGACUACCGUCACCACCCCACCGACGUCCUCACGGGCUUCAUUCAAGGAGGCCUCACUGCAUACUGGGUGGCCUUCUACAUCUCCUCCAUGUUUAAGCCUUGCACUCGUCCGGACCUGUCUCCCGCUAGCAUGUCGCUGGAGAGUCCUCUAUCCAGCCAGCAGACCGUGUGCUAGCAUGCGACGGCUCCGCACGUGCGACUAACGAGACGGAGUCGACCAAUGUCCUAAAGCAUCGGCGACGAGCUGGGAGAAGAAUGUUUCUUUUUGUUCAAGAAAGGGAAUCAUUCCAAGAUGAUGAAAUGUUGAUGGAGUAAAAUCUAACACACUGACACACACAAUCAGUCACGCGACAGCGAUGUAACCUGCUCUCACACGUGAAACACAGGAAGCACAUUUGACUUCAAGUCAAGCCCGUCCAGUGAGGAGAACUGCUUAGUGAUGAUAUAUUUUUUUUUUUUGUAUUGAAAUAAGAAAAGAUGUUUUAAAAAAAAAGUAUAUUUUUCCAGAGGAUUAUUAGAAGCUGCUAAUAUUGAUGGUUAAAGAGUUGUUUAUAUCUGUGGUGGAGGUCACGCGCGCUCAGUCAGCCGUCCAAGCCGAACUUUGGUGUUUAAAAAAAAAAAAAAAAACUGCCUUGCUCAAAGAUAGUGCGCUCGGUUGCCGUGACUCGAUGCCGCCGGGCCUCCGAUGUCAAGGGACAAACACUUGCUGACGACAAACAAGCACUGGCUUCGACUUCUUGAACUUGGCUGAUGCAGUCCGGCUGCCCGUGCCACUAAAUGACCACGAUAGCAAAAAAAAAAAAAAAAAAAAAAAAAAAAUGAUACUGAUUGUUUCUGUACUAACCACUUUGAUUGUGUCUCAGAGGCAAACGUUUGACUGAAUUUUCCCAAUCUUUGUUCUCAGACACGGCCUCUGAGCUGCACCUUGAUUAUUGUGAACCCCUUCUUUUAUUAGGAGCACUUGAACGUACAUAACGGAACCUUAUGAUUAUUAUCAUCCACACUAUAUUAUAUAUUUUAUGACGAGUUGAAAAAGAAAGGAAAAAAAAAUAAUCAGUGUUUAUUUUUGUCAGGCUCGCUUUGGUUUGCUCAGAGAUGUUUUAGGGCUACAUUGAAAAAACAGUAAAUACUACUACUAUGAUAAUAACCUCAUAGAAGCACAAGUGCAGUAACGCAAUGUACUUGCAUGAAGCUGAGGAUUGUUGAGGAUGUCAAGUUACACUUUAGUACAAGUUUAACAAUGAAAUCGUCCAUGUUUUGGCACAUGAAUAACAAUUUUAUCCGUGAAAAUUAAGUUAUUCUUUCUAGUUCUUUUCUUGUAAUAGUAAAACUAUUAAUUUCCCCCCACUUUUAAUUGUGGCCCUAUGACUCAUUGGUGGUUUUGUGUUUUGGUUCUCCCGUGAAACGAUUCUUCUUCCAAUUGAAUGUAAAUAGUCUGUGUCAUUUUAUAAACCACACAAUUUCAGUGUUAGCGUUAGUUUGUGUGACAGUGUUGUUGUUUUCAUUACAUGUAUGUAUGUCGAUCAGGUACGGAGAGAUUUGUAUGUGUUGUAACAACUAGACUGAGCCAUAGAUUAUCCGAAAACUGUUAUUGUCGUGUUGCCACAUAUUGUUUGUUGGGUUUUUUUUUUCGUCUGUGAAGGCCAGAAGGGCACAAAUAACCACUGUACUCGGAAAAACAAAACAAAAACCAAACCAAUAAAAUGAAUGUUCUUACUGUUACUUUGCCUCAUUUCCCCCACUCUCAUCAUUU